AUGAAAAAAAUUAAGAAUUGCAAUAAACUUUUGACAAGUGAAGUGCAUCUAAAAAUUAAAAGGUUUUUAUUGUUAUAACCUAUUUUUAAUGAUUUGGUGCUACAAAAGCGGAAAAUAUUUUAGAAUAAAGCGCAGGCUCAGUCCACUUUCAAGAUGAGCUUUUUGUUUGGGAGCAGGUCCAACAAGACCUUCAAGCCAAAGAAGAACAUUCCGGAAGGCACCCACCAGUACGAUCUGAUGCGGCACGCGGCGGCCACGCUCGGCUCCGGCAACCUGCGCCUCGCGGUGCUGCUGCCCGAGGGAGAGGACCCCAAUGAGUGGAUUGCUGUCAACACCGUGGACUUCUUCAACCAAAUCAACAUGCUGUACGGCACCAUCACCGAGUUCUGCACCGAGGAGGCCUGCGCCGUCAUGUCCGCCGGCCCCAAGUACGAGUACCACUGGGCGGAUGGACUGGCUGUGAAGAAACCCAUCAAAUGCUCUGCACCCAAAUAUAUUGACUAUUUGAUGACCUGGGCACAAGAUCAGCUGGACGACGAGACACUCUUCCCUUCCAAGAUAGGGGUCCCAUUCCCGAAGAACUUCCAGAGCAUCGCGAAGACGAUCUUAAAGAGGUUGUUCCGCGUGUACGCCCACAUUUACCACCAGCACUUCCCUCAGGUGGUGACGCUGGGCGAGGAGGCGCACCUGAACACGUCGUUCAAGCACUUCAUCUUCUUCGUGCAGGAGUUCAGCCUCAUCGAGCGGCGCGAGCUGGCGCCGCUGCAGGAGCUCAUCGAGAAGCUCACCGCCAAGGACGCGCGAUGAGGUCCGGUGGCACCCAUCACCCUCGCGGGCUGACUUGCACUUUGUGGCUUCAUUCAUAAGGUCUACUUUUCAUGUCACAUAGGAAUCAAACAUUUUUGAUAGCAAAUGAAUGUCUUUAUGAUUAUUGAUAUGGUACUGUUCUUUUACACAAAAAAGAAGUUUUUUUUUUGUUUAUGUUCAAAUCGUUUAUUUUUGAUGUCAUUAAAAGAACUUUUGAUUUUAAAAACUGGUAAAAUCGUCUUAAGAAAUUAGUUAAUUAUUAAGUCCAGUUUUUCAAACAGUCCACCCACCCACAAACUUGUCAAUACAAUUGAACUUUCUGUCAAAAAAAUAAUUGUAAUGGCUGAAGAUGGAUCCUUUUCGCUAAAUUGCGUCGUAUUAAAAGUGAUUUUGUCUUUUUAUAAAUGUUGAUUGAAAAGUUGAUUGUUGAGUGAAAGUAGACUUUAUCAAUAAUGCAAUAAGGUGCAGUUUAAAAGUAAAGUAACCUAAAUAUGCACAUUAGGAAAAAGUGACUUUGUAAGUGCUUUCAGUAACAUUUAGAAGUAAAUUCUAAAACAUAAUUUAGCAAUAGAAAAUUCCUAAAACACUUCGUAGGCAGAGGCAGACCAUAAUGUUUAAAGAACGUAUGAUGACCAAUUCGUGGAAUUUCUAACUGUCAAAAAUAUUAAAAAACGGCUAGUAUGUAAUUUUGAUACUGAGGUCUGUAUGGUUUCACAUUUGAAUUAACCUAAAGGGUAACAUUUUCUAUUUAUAGAUACAAAUAAAUAAAUUUGACACCAAAAAAUAAGCCAUGUAGUUUUGAAAAAAAAAAGAAGUUUGUAAAAUAGAUUUUGAUGGAUCGACAAUACAAAAAAGCUAAAUUGUAAGGUAUAAAAUUAAUACAAUUCGCUUUAACCCUUAAGCGUAAGUAAAUAAAGAAAAGUAUAAGAAUAUGACCUUUAGCUUGCAAAGUGCGUCGACCCUCACUGCCCAAAAUUUGUAAAGUAUAUUUUGUAGCGUUUCCUUGUAACUCUCACGUAUUAGGCUAAGGUUUCGAGUGUGCCUCGCGUAGUUGACCCCAGCUUGGCCCUUCAGCACUAAAAGCUACUUUUUUGAGUACUGUACAUUUAGCCCAGCUGCAGAGGUCACUGACCCCCUUUGAAUUUUUCUGGCAAGGGUCAAUUACCUCUGCAGCUCACUGAACCUACUACAAUAGAAUAUUACAUACCUAGGACAGUAAAGAAAGUAAUACCUCAGAUCACAUAGAAUUGUCGGCCGAAGCGAAGCCGAGGUCUAAAACAUAUGAUCUGAGGCUUUCUUAUUUACUGGCCGAGGUGUGUAUUUUUAUGUUUGACGGAGCCGGAAAGCGGCAACUUCGUUUAUUUUAGCGGAUCGCAAGUCGACGCUUUCCGCACAGAGAACGGAGAAAUAUUUUGCAUAAGCACGCGCGCAAUAUACGACAAGCCUUAUUGGCUCCACAAAUUAACAUGUGUCAGAUAUUUUCCAAAGUUUCUUUGAGCGAGAUAUUAUUACGCUUAUUUCGAUAAACGUUUUAUUCGUAUAAUUCUCUUGUUUUAGUAUAUAGAAGACAGACAAAUUACCCCCUGUUACUGAUGUGUGUUGGCGUUUAGUGCUGAAAGGUCAAGUUACAUACUAACAUACUAUAUACAUAUAGAAAACGUGUCUCAAAAAUAGUAGCAUAAAACGUUUAUGAGGGCAAUUUGAAUUAAGCUAAUCUUAGCUAGUACCUAUGAUAAUUUCAAAAUGUUUUGAUAACCGUAAAACCACCCAACUAUAGUCCAAUACUGCAACUAUGGUCCACAAGUUCAAAAGGAAAUCAUUUAUACCAAAAUGGCUUAGUUUUCUAUUCAAUUGGAUGUUAUCUAUACCAAUGUUCAUUUUGGUUUACUCCUAGUUUUAUCUUCCAUUUAUAAACAUACUUUGCCUUAGAACUACAAAAAUAUAGUAAAAUACACACCUGAACGAGAAAAAUUGAGUUUAUUUGUGGACCAUAAUUGGGAACUUUGGACUAUAGUUGGGUGGUUUUACGGAAUAUGUAAAGAUAUUACUAUUUUUAAGACACUCCGUUUGGUAAGUUUGUGAUAAUGAAUGUAGGGGAUUGAUAUAUUUAUAUUUGUGCGUAAAUUUAUCGAAUCGAAAACCCGAACUCGACUGAGAAAGCAAUGGCCUAAAAUACGGAAUAUUAUAUUAAUUCCUGUCGCAAGUGUGGUGUACUAAAUUGUAAUAUUUAGUGUUUCAAGCCAUUGGAUUUGUAAAUAGCUGUUGCCUCCUCGGCAGUAGCGGUACUGACAUUUCUGUAUUUCUUAUAUCGUAGUUAUAGAUAAAUUGUCCUUUUAAAGAGCUUUUCCUUUAAUUAUUAUUAAUUAAAAUAAAUGGCGUGUAAGCUGAUUGAUGGUUCCAUUAAAAAAGUAAAGCGCCGUAAACCUUGAUUUUACAUCCUAGGCCCUAAAAUGACAAUUCAGCCUCAUUAGUUUAUGCAGACAAUCAACAAAAUUGGUCAAGGUCAAUUCAUGUUUUAGUUCAAGGUAGUUUCUUUGAACUAUAACAAUUAAUUUUUUCUCAAUCUGGUUUAGUAGCUGCAUUGAAUUAUUUGCUGUCGUAUGUAACGCGAAUAUGGAAAACCACACAAAAUGUAUGUAGUGCCAAAUGGCUUAAAAACUUUGAAACUAUUGAAACGAAUGCCUUGCUAGUUAUGUUGCAGCGAAACAUUUUCGAUAUCCUAAAUGAGAUUUAGCAAUGAGACCUAAUCAUAUGAGUCUAAUAAUUUUACUAUCAGUACGCAUAGAUUAGUAUAUAUUAUACUGUAAGAUGGGUUGCUCCGUAUAUGUUGUUCAUAUUAUUAUUAUGUUAAGUUACUUAUUUAUUUAUUGUGAUGUCGUAACAUAGUUUUUCAUCUUAAAUCAAUUCUAACGCUAAUCUAAGAUUAAUUUAUAUUUACAAAUGUAUUCGAUUAUUUUCAUUAUAUCAUUGUGUGGAUUGAGUGUUUAUUAAAGACUACAUUUAACGUAGGUGUGAUUUGUACCGUCAAGGUUUGUUGGUCACUUGAUGUAUUUAAUUUUCUACCGUUACUCUUUAUAUCUAUCAAUACAGGUACAGUCCACCAAAUAGGCUCGGCCCCCGUAGAACCAUGUCAAAGUGACGGUAUGAAUAAAAUCGUAAGGAAUCUCUCUCUAAUUGUCAAUUUGAAAUGGUUCUACGGUGGCUUAGUUUUCUAAUGGAUUGAGUAUCCUUUGGUAUGCUUAGGAGCGGAGCUGCUCCAUAUAUAUUCAACCAAAUUCAACUUAAACAUGAAGAUAUCAUGGUUGCUAAAUAAAUAGCAUAAGUUUGUAUGCUUUUAUGUACUAACAAAAACACUGAUCCCAUCGCUGCGCCUUCUGCCUGCAGUCUGCAGUCAAUCAAUACCUUAAGACGACCUUAAUGGCCUAAAUUACUGGUUCCAAAUCAGGAACAUACAUCUGUAUGUAUGUUCCUAAUUUGGAACCAGUAAUUUGAAAACACCCAACUUGUCAAUUUUCGCGCCUACAUUUUUUAAAUUUGCCAUGUCGCUUGAAAUAAAUACAACACAAUUAAAUUUGCCGCCAUUUUCUACUGACAAGUGCCAGAGUAUAAAUUAAAAGGGACGAUUUCAUGGUAGUCACUUCGCGCCCGCGUUCCGCUCAGUGUGGCGUUCCCUCUGGGUGGGACUUGAUCGUUUUACAAAUAAGAGCUACAUACAAAAAAAUAUUUUUAGAUCAGUGGUAUAUUGCAAUGAAUUAGAUCGAUGCUAUCUAAUGAGAUUAUUUAUUAAUAUUUUGUGUUUGUUGCGAAAAAUCUGCACUUCCCAUACCUUUUGUGCUGAAAUUUUUUGUAUAAUUUGAUAGAAUUUAAAAUGAAGUAUCCUUUUGGACGGCGCUAUCUCUAAUCUCAUAUCGUAGGAGCUAAGUGUGUAGAUAUUAUUGACGCAUUUACAUCGACGCGCCACUCAGCGCCCGAUAUGUUUAUUUAAUUUAGUUAAUGUAUGACGCGAACAAUUAUAUAAUAAAAAGUGAAUAAAACCCAUAA